GCGGGAACCGUGUUCUCACUCAAACUGACAGUCGUAAAACUGUUACUUUCGGACAGCACUUUAGAAGAAGUUGUAAUGGAAAUGGUGUGGUCAUCAGGAUUUAUGUUCCUGACUGUUCUGCCAUUUCUGCACUGCACAGAAAUUUGGAAAAGAAUCCAGUUCAUCAACAGUUGGGGAAACUUUCAGGAGGAGUUCAGUCGAGUGACUGGCAAAACUAUGGACUUAGGUCUGAGACAAAGAACGCGCUAUUUCGUGGCGAUGAUCCUGGUUCUUCCUGUGUGCGCAAACAUAACUUAUGGUCUGAUGGACCACCGUCUCAGGAGUUGGCAGUACUGCAUCACUGUAUUGUCAGGAAGCCACAUGGCACUUAUGUCAGUGUUCUGGUAUCUCAUGUGUUCCGGGUUAGCCAGGGCUGCUAGGAGUUUGGGAGACGAUAUUGAGCAGGGGUUUUCAGAACACGGAUUUAGCCAUGUUCAUGCACUCGUCAAGUUCAAGUUCCUUUGGUUACGGCUGAGCAGACUGACAAAGGACCUCGGGAGCUGCACGGGCUUGAGUUACGCAAAAUAUUUCCUCUUCUGCUUCGGGGUUUCCGUCAGUACCAGCUACGGGUUCCUGGUGUCCAUCAGAAGAGACUACAAUCCGUUCACAUACGCACUGUUCAUUAGCACCUUCGUUGUUUCAGGGAUCCUGUACGCACAGUGCGUCUCAGCUCAAAUGGCAACUGAUGAAGUUGGGGCAAAUUUUCGAGGACGCCUCCAAGAAAUGUUAGAGAACUAUCCACAUGUUAGCGCUGCGACACAUAUCGAGAUGGACAGAUUUCUGGCAAUAAUAAACAGUAAUCCUCCCGUAAUAAACUUCUGCGGGUUUGUGGAAGUAAACAGGGGACUUAUCACAUCACUCAUGUCACAGACGCUCACCUACUUAAUAGUUAUGAUGCAGAUGAAUAUAAGUUCAUACUCGGAAGUACUGGCCAUGAAAACAGGUACCAGUGUCACCAGUUCUGUAUCAUCACUUACAAACACAUGAUUUGAAAAGAGACAUCCUGUUUGUCAUGGCAUGUUGAGUUUAUCUGCAGUGAGAAGCCAUGUAUAUGAACAUAAGAACUUUUUUAAACAUGUUAAGAUAUUUCGUGAACUCAGACACAGUUUAUGUAAAGUGCUAAAUCAGUGUUAGCUGUUGUAUUACAGAUCAUCAUAUGCCUAUUAAGGGAAGAAAAUGUUCCAGUGAACAUUCAGGCAUAUACGAUAUAACCUUUGGGUAGAACUGUAGUAAGGAUGACCUGAAUUAUAAUGUGAAUGUGUAUACAAGAUUUCUUCAAGACCAGUAAUAUCAAGUUUAUGUAAUGAUGUCACCCACACCCCGAGGUUAGUGGCUCUAAAAUAAUCAUCUACAUGUAGAUUAGGUUAUAGUUCAGUAAUUGUGCGUAAUAUUUUGUCUAAUUUACUACUGUGAAUUUUUCAGAAUUGUGUAAUGUUUGGCAUUGUGUUUAGUGUUAUGUCAAGUGUUGUGAAUAUUGAGGGCCAGAUAUGAGAGCAAAUAUUUAGUGCCAGAGCUGUAUUUUACAACGAAGCUAUUCAUAGUGCCUUAAAACGUUGUUUAACAAUAGUUCCCAACAACGAUACAGAAAUGAAUUCACGAAUCUGCUUGAAAAUAAUUUACUUUAUGAUGUGCUGAUUAUGUCACCGGGCUUAUCUAGUGAUCUGGUGCCCUACUUUUCCUAACAAGACUUUU